AUGCUGCAGAUCCAACAUUCCGUUUCACCAUGGGCUGACGCUAUUCAGCCUUGUGCCAGCAGGAAAGACAACUCUGUGCUGACAUCGGCUCUGCAGACAAGUAUACCUGGUGUUGUGAGGCCGGGAGCUCAAGGGCAGGCGGGAGAGCUUGCCAUGGAUUCGCAGGUACAUUUCCCUCUUGUGGAUUUGUAUGAUGCCGAUUUUGCUACCGAGAAAAAUUCGGCGUAUAUGACGAGACUGUGGACCUCUGAUGACGGGAGAUCUUCAGGUGAUGGUUAUUGCGCCUUCUUUUACGGCCCGAGCAUCGCUCUGCUGCGUCGCUGCGAAGCACAUCUCUACUCGCCAGACUGGUUAUCAGCAUCUCGAGGGCCACAUCCCACGUCCCAUAUCAACCAGCUCUUUGACCUAGCCCUCAAACUGCCUGCCAUCUUCAACGAAGUAGAUCGCCUGCUCGCCUCUCCCGCCACGACAGCUCGUCGAAUGGAGUUGCAGGAUGGCUUGAGGGAAUGCCUCGCCUUGGAAGGCCACUUUAGUCAAUGGCUUUCCGAACUAGCGAUGGGAUCCGCAGAUGGACGUGCUUUCUGGGUAGAUCAUAUGGAUGGCGGGUUGGGAGAAAGCCCUUUGGAGAACCCGUUCACGUUUAGAGACUUGCAAACGGGUCUAAUGAUGAUGUAUUUCUGGAUGAGCCAAAUCCUCUCCCAUCGGUGCAUUGAAUCCGUCCGCGCCGCCAUCUUCCAGCCCGUCAUCGAUGCGUAUCCCGACAUGUGGCUUGUUCUUCAGUCGGCUCUACAGAUUGACAUUGGCUUGUAUCAGAAUUGUCGUGAACUGGCGGCAAAUAUCUGUAGAGGUCUCGACGCCGUCCUCGGUAUGAAGGUGCAGCCAGACACGCUUGUUGCCCCCAUGAUGGUGGUUACUGAUUUCUACAACGAGUUGGAUGCCCUUUCACAAGACUGCUUGCUGGGAUCAAUGUAG